AUGGAUGGAAAACCCUCGUUUCACUCCAGCGAUCUAGGUCAGCAGCAGGCAGUGAUGGUGAUGUCACCAGGAAACUGGGUAGAGCCUGCGGGGGCCAGAGAAGAGUGUGGAGCAGGGCACACACAGGGCGAGGAGCAUGUCGCCAGGGCCAUUUGGAAGGCUCCCGAGGAGCAGAGGCAGGUUGGGGAUGAGGAGCAGGGUGGCUGUCCAACUGCCCUGGGGAAGGAGGCACUCCAGGAACCUGUGGGAGAAGAUCAACAGGAGAGGAGGAAGGAGGUGGAGAAGGCUCCUAAGAGGAGGUGGGAUGCUCUAGGGAUGAGCAGAAAACAGGUGAUCCGAGCAGAUGGAGCUGCACCAGGCUCCAUCUGUUUGGCUGAGCACAGUCUGAGCAGGAGAGUGGAAAUGAAGCAGCAGGUGCAGCCUCCACAGAGACAGAGAAACAAGGGCCCCAAAGAACCACGAGGUCCUGGACCCUUCUUCUUCUUCGGAGGACGGAACGGUGCCUCCAUAGUUGUUCAAUACUGUGAGAGCCAAGGCUGGCAGCGUAUUUAUGACAAGACCCGUGAGGACUACAAACUGAAGUGGUGCGAACUGAAAUCUUCACACAACUACUACAACUUCAGAGAAGGAGAACAAUUGGUAUACCAGAUCCCAAAUAACAAAGUCCUGACCACUAAAAUAGGCCUCCUCAACAGUCUACGAGAGUACGACCGGGUCCGCAGUAAGGUCGACCACAGACAAGAACUAAGGAGAUUGAAAAUUGAGGACUUUUUCCCGGACACAUUCCGCAUGGAUGUUAAAGAUGAGAGGGAAGUUUUCUUUGCCCAGCAAGAGGGAUUCUGUCCUGGCAAAGGCAACAUGUGGAUAUGCAAGCCAACAGGCUUGAACCAGGGACGAGGUAUUUUCCUUCUGCAGACCCCUGAGGACAUCACAGCCUUCAGAGCCAGAAUACAGAACAUAGCUGACAGCCUAACAAACAGGAAGAUACCUUCUUGUAUGCAACAGGCACAGAUCGUUCAACGGUACAUCCAGAACCCCUUGCUCCUUAACGGCAAAAAAUUUGAUGUAAGAUCAUACUUUCUUAUCGCCUGCACCUCACCAUAUAUGGUGUUCUUUCGGCAUGGUUACGUUCGACUAACCUGCGACCUCUACGACCCCAAUUCCAACAACCUCUCUGCACACUUGACCAACCAAUACAUGCAGAAGAAGAACCCCUUGUACAGUAUGCUAAAGGAAGAGACAGUCUGGUCCAUGGAGCACUUCAAUCUCUAUGUUAAUGAGACAUUCAUGGCGCCCAAAAGACUGCCGAGAGACUGGGUUUGGAGCGUAUUUGCAAAGCGAAUGCAGCAGAUCAUGACACAGUGCUUUCUGGCAGUCAAAGCUAAGCUGGAAUGUAAACUGGGCUACUUUGAUCUGAUUGGUUGUGAUUUCUUGAUUGAUGAGAAUUUCAAGGUGUGGCUGCUGGAGAUGAACUGCAACCCUGCUCUUCAUACCAACUGUGAAGUGCUUGAGGAGGUGGUGCCCAGAACUGUCACAGAAACUCUGGACCUUGCAUUGGAGAUCUUCAACAAAUGCCAUUGUGGGCUGAAGCUGUUGCCUCUGAGCAGCCAAAGAGAAUUUCAGUUGCUGUAUUGUGCUGAGAGCAAGAAUGAGUCCAUCAGCAGCCACAGGAGUAGAACAGCAUGGCCCCGUGGGACAGCUUGCCCUAAGACCAUGGCUCCGCACAGUGUGGUCAAGAGGAGCACUGUGGGCGCUAAAAGCACAGCUACCACAGAUCGGCCCCCUCAUCGUCCUGCACCUUUGACGCAGGGCUCUGGAACAGAAGUCGUAACCCACAACAAUCCCAGCACUAAAGCCUCAGAAAUGAGCCGAUGCCGCGCUAACAAAGGUGGCCCCAGACGCGUGGAGCUCCGUCUUAGCAAGUGCACAUGGCCGCAGCCGGGUCUGACCUCUGACCUUAGAGUGAGACCAGAGCUGGCAACGUUAAAGGGCACCAUCACAUCCCAUUUCCAAUCCUGCACUGAGUGA